CGGUGGUGUCGUCCCCCAGCCCAUCCCCUUUGUCUUUUCCGGGGAGUGGUGAAGUGGAGCUGGAGGCAUGCACCAGGGGAAGGGGGGAGAUGAGUAUCUGAGCCACUCUAGGAGAGGACACAGCUGGGGGAAGGGAGUGGAGAUGACCAGGGGUUCCUGCUGAUAGCCUCCUGUAAGACUUUAACUCCAUCAGAUGGGACUUGGCUCGUGUGACAUGUUUCCCCGUCCUCUCACCCUGAUCGUUGUGCGUGGUACUAAUGAUCUUACGAGUGGAGAGGAGAUGGAGCACAGAGAACCGUCCAACUGAGAGUCGAAUUGGUCCUUUAAAGAGCGUCAGUGGUGGUUGAAGAGAGGAAUGAAAUCCCACUGACUGGAACUGUGGUUACAUCUUUGAAUUAUCUGAAGCCAACGCCCCUGCACCCGCUGGCCACCAUGAACGCCUCAGUCGUACCGCUCACAAACAACACCCCACUCUGCUACACCAAGAACAGCCCUCCAUUCAACUACACCAUGCCCAUCGCCUCAGCCUACUACUCGUCCAUCUUCAUGAUGCUGGGUAUCACCUCAAAUCUCAUCGCCUUCGUAGUUCUCGUCAAGUCCUUUCAGCGGACGCAGAGCCGCUCGCGUUCCUUCUUCCUGAUCUUCCUCGGUGGAUUGGUUUUCACUGACUUAAUGGGUCUCCUGGUCACAGGCACCAUUGUGGUGUCAUUCCAUGUUACUCACUUUAAUUGGCGUAAUUUAGACCCAAACUGCCAUUUCUGCAACUUCAUGGGUAUGUCCAUGGUGUUCUACGGACUGUGCCCGCUGCUACUUGGCGCUACCAUGGCAGUGGAGCGUUUCAUUGGCAUCAAUCGGCCAUUUACACGCGCCUCCAGCGCGACCAAGAGCCGGACAAUCUCCAUUUUGUUGCUGGUUUGGUUUAUCGCUGGCUGCAUUGCGUUUCUUCCCCUGACAGGCGUUGGGGCCUAUCACCUGCAGAUGCCAGGCUCCUGGUGUUUUUUAAAUAUCAGCUCUAAGGGAAAUGACCUGAUCUUCUCCCUGAUCUUCUCAUUGACUGGGUUGAUAUGCAUCGCUGUGUCCUUUUUGCUGAACACGAUAAGCGUGGUGACUCUGAUCAAGGUGUGCUGCGGACAGGACAGGUGCCAGCGGCGCCGAGAUCACGAAGUGGAGAUGAUGGUUCAGCUCAUCCUGAUCAUGGUGAUCGGUUCUAGCUGCUGGUGCCCCCUCCUGAUCUUUAUUGCAAAAACUGUGCUCUCUGGAGGUCCACUCCAAGUCAGAUACCUACUGCUGUGGCUGCGCUUCGCCACCGGAAACCAGAUCCUGGAUCCCUGGGUUUACAUCCUGUUUCGCAGGGCGGUUCUCAAGAGAAUCUACCCCCGCCUUGACUGGUCCAGGGGCUCCAUCAUGACCUUGUACCCGUCUCUCAGAGACACCGUGCGCAGGUUUACACGUUCUUCAAUCGCUAGCACCGUGGCAUCGAAUGAAACGGAAGAGGUGGGGAAAUUAAACGGGACUCCGCCAUCUACCUUGAAGCCGCCACCUCCUUCUCCGUGAUUGGUUGGAUUUUGAUUUGUUGUUACAGCAGAAUGUGAGAAAUCAUGUUGAAGAUAAUGCCUAUUAUCUGAAGGGAUUGUGUUAUCUCAUACCAUUUAAAUUUAUUUCAGUAUUAAUAGCGACACUUUAUGUGCAGAGUGUAAUGAUCAAGCCUGUAAGGAACAAUUGAAGCUAACUACAAGCAUCACAUUUUCAGAUACACUCUUGUCAAGGGUUUUUAUGCUAUUUGAGUUUAAAACAUUUUAUUGAUGCAGUCUGUGGUCUUUGUUUUUAUGUGAUCAUAACACAUUUACAUGAAGAUGCCAAUGAAGAAUUAUUCACAGUUUUCAGGCUCAUGCUCAAUGUCGUCGUGUUCUUCCUUUCCUGAGAGUAUUUAAAUUAACAUUUUUGGGGGAAUCCCUCAAAUCUUCAGCCUAAUGGUGGAGCAGGAGAAUCCAGAGACCAUCAGACUGAAAACAGACUUCUGCUAAUCGCAUAGAGGUGCUUGAAAGUAAAAGCAUUUUUCAUCCAGAGUGAAGUAUGUCUCAAUGCUAGCCUUGUGCCUCGUGCACAAUUUUAAUUUUACUUUCAACUGUAACAACUAUAUCUGUGUUUUAUUUACUGUGGAAAUACUGUAAAAUCAUGUGUAAUAGGAUUCAACGUGCUUCCACAUUAUUAAGAUGCCAACUUUUGAACAUUAAAAACCUGGGCAUGAUCAGUUGCUAAUAUUUCCGAACCUUACAUGUACACAAAAUUCCCAUACUGUUUGUCUGUCAUACACCACAUGGACGUAGACAAGUUUGCCAGAAGAAGCAAAAUGAGACCAUUAAAAUACAGUCUUAUAAUAUUAAUAAAUGAAAAUGCAUGAGUAUUUCAAAUAAAUAUUUACUGUGAAAUGUGAUUGUAUUUAUAAUCUGGUUUUAAUACUGUGGUUGAUCCUUGUAUAUCACUGUCUGAUGGUGAUAGAAGUGUGUCUACUGCUUACUACUUAGAGUUUGGUUUUCCUACAGUUUUCAUAUUCAGUGAAUUGUUAGUUUUAAGUGAAUGGAAAUUAAUUUGUGCUGCUCAAACAAAUGAAAAGUGGUAUUUGAAAAAAUGUAGUAUAAACUACAUUGAGUAAGUGAGCAAAGUGAAGUGUAAUUGUACACAAGGGCAUGUAUGUAGCUUUUGUAAUUUGGGUGAACUGUUUCCCUCAUCUUGUUCUUUUCAUCCUUGGUUUUAGGACAUUUCCAAAGACAAUAUUUUCUUACACACAGAGUUGAUCUAGAAAAUUCUAAUUAAUAAUCUUCUAGGGAACGAUAUUGGAGCGGGACUCAACUUUGCUCGCAAUAAAAGACAAAGACAGAUGCCUGAUAUGAACAUUGUCAGAAACAGUCUUUGCUUUAGUCUGCUUGGCAUCGGCCCUGUUGUGAUUCUUUCCUACAGAUCAUCCUCUACAGCUCAGACUCACAAUGUUCACCUUGUGGCAGGGUUCAUGUGUUAAAAAACUCAAACCUAAGUCUGAUGAUUUGGGGAAUAUCAUGACAAACAAUGUAUUUGUUAUCCUACUUGAUCGUUCUGUAAGAUUAAGAUUAAGAUUAAGAUGCCUUUAUUAGUCCCAAACACAUGCACACACAUGCAAAGGCACACUCGUGCAGGUAGGGAAAUUUAACUUCUGCUUUUGACCCAACUGGUGCAGGACACACAGAGCAGUGAGCGACCAUGUACGGCUCUCGGGGAGCAGAUGUUGGGGGAGUAUGGUGCCUUGCUCAGGGGCACUAGACAGGGUAGGGAGACUCUUGGAUUUUUGGACAGAUCAAUCCAGGUUCGUCUUUUGUUGUCUCUCCGUGGAGUCAAACCAGAGACGAACCAGAGACCUUCUCUGCCCAUAGUCCAAGUUUCUGCCACUAGACCACCGCCUCUCCUUCUGUGCACACUGAUCCCGCAUGUUAUCUGCUUUGAACAUUGUAUUGUCACUGAUAGCAGACACCUUAACCAAUCACUGAUGGUGGCUGAGACGUGUCACCGUCUCUUUAUCGGUAUCAUCCAAUAAGAAAUGAAGUAUAACUGGUGAAUGAGCUCAAAUGGAAUAUGGUUGUUUGUACAUAGAAGUAAACUUCAAUUUAAACAAC